CGGACGGGGCGUGGCUUGACCUCAAAACGGGCGGGAAUAAAAGCGUGUGUGGAGCUUCGUGUGUAACGUCGCCAAACUAAGAAGUCGAUAAAAAGACGGAGAUCUGCGUUUGCUGGGCUCGCGCGGUUCGCUCUCCACAUCAUGUUUCCUUCCAGAGUGCUGAGGUCGCUCGUCGCUCCCGGGAAAAGUGCGUGUUUCUGGGGGAGACUCGCUGCGCCGGGCAGCAGAAUGCAGUACUCCCAGACCUUGGAGGGGGGCACUCCUGCACCCUUCCGUCCAGAGACGUCCAUGGCCCGGACCAUGAUGGACAUCGGAACGCGGCGGAUCUUCUCUGAGGAGCACGACCUGUUCAGAGAGAACGUGCGGCGGUUCUUCAGGGAGGAGGUGGUGCCGUACCACGCAGAGUGGGAGAAGGCUGGCCAGGUGAGUCGGGAGCUGUGGGAGAAGGCGGGGGCUCAGGGGCUGCUGGGUAUUUAUACUCCUGCGGAACAGGGCGGAGUCGGGGGAGACCUGCUCUCUGCUGCCAUCGUGUGGGAGGAACAGAUGUACUGUAACUGCUCCGGUCCCGGUUUCUCCCUGCAUUCCGAGAUCGUGAUGCCGUAUAUCAGUCAUUACGGUUCUCAGGCUCAGACGGAGCGUUAUUUUCCUCAGAUGACUGCUGGGAAAUGUAUCGGAGCCAUCGCCAUGACUGAGCCGGGCGCCGGCAGUGACCUUCAGGGAGUGAAGACGUACGCUCAGAAGGACGGCAGUGACUGGAUUCUGAAUGGAAAUAAGGUGUUUAUCACUAAUGGUUGGAUGAGUGAUCUGGUGCUGGUGGUUGCCGUGACGAAUCGUCAAGCGAAGACGAUGGCUCAUGGUCUCAGUCUGUUUCUGGUGGACAACGGAACCAAAGGUUUCCAGAAGGGACGGAAGCUGGAAAAGAUCGGCCUCAAAGCUCAGGACACGGCGGAGCUGUUUUUUGAGGACGUUCGUCUUCCGGCUGAAGCUCUGCUUGGAGAAGAGAAUAAAGGGUUCUACUACCUCAUGAACGAGCUUCCUCAGGAGCGGUUGAUUAUAGCGACGAUGGCUAUGGCCAGCUGUGAGUUCAUGUUUGAGGAGACGCGGAGCUACGUGAGGCAGAGGAAGGCUUUCGGCAGGACCAUUGCUGACCUGCAGACGGUUCAGCACAAACUGGCCGAGCUGAAGACGGAGAUUUGUGUGGCUCGGGCGUUUAUUGACAGCUGCCUUCAGCUCCACAGUGAGAGAAAGCUGGACUCCAGCACGGCGUCCAUGGCCAAAUACUGGGCGUCGGACCUACAGAAUAGAGUGGCCACUCAGUGUCUGCAGCUGCAUGGAGGGUGGGGCUAUAUGUGGGAAUUUCCAAUCGCCAAGGCUUUUGCGGACGCCCGCGUUCAGCCCAUCUACGGUGGCACUAACGAGAUCAUGAAGGAGCUCAUCGCUCGCCCCAUCGUUAGCCAGAAGUAGACAAACCUUCAGCUCAUCGAGGUUCAGGCCGAGGGUGUCCUUCAGAGUUUGGCGUGGCAGCUUCUUACAAUGCAGAUGAUAAACUGAGAAAUUUUAGCGCUUAUUGAAGAUGAAACCCAUUUAAGAAGUGCAGGAGAACGUGAACGUUUAGUUAAAGUAACAGUAAUUAAAUGUUAAUCUGAAUGUGCUAAUGAUCUGCUCUGAGUCAGGGUAACGAAAUCUCGCUCUAAUGCACGCUGUACGGUGUUAAUUUGAAUGACAAUAAAGUUUAAGUCUAAUUUUA